UAUGGUCAACUUGACACUUGUCACGACGGAAUUCAGUUUGGGGGGGGCAGAAACUACCAGGAAGUUAAACAGAGGAGGAAACAUUUUCGCUUCGGUGGAGCAUCAAACUUUCAAGUCCUUAAGCGGUUUUAAAAGGUUUUAAAUAAUAGCGUCAACUUAAAAGUAAGACGGUCCACUGGGUUGAGGUCGGAGGGCAUUGUUUCCAACAAGAUGGACAUUGAUCCGGAGCGGGGAGGAGUGGAGGCAGCACCAGAGCGCCAGGACAAGGUGCAGGCCUUGAGGGAUCAGGUAGAUGGAGUGAAAAACAUCAUGACACAGAAUGUAGACCGGAUCCUGGCCCGAGGAGAGAGAUUGGACGACCUCAUGGGCAAGUCAGAGGACCUGCAAGCCGGGGCUCAGCACUUCAAGCAGACGUCUCAGAAAGUGGCUCGCUCCUACUGGUGGAAGAACGUCAAGCUGAUCGUGGUCAUCGUGGUGGUCGUCCUCAUCAUCGUCCUCAUCAUCAUCCUGCUGGCCACUGGAGUCAUCCCUGUCAGUGCUCCCUUGCCUCCUAUAGUCAAUCCCACCUCCAAGCCAUAAACACAAACAUGCACAUAUGUACAUACAUAAACAAUGAAAUCCCAAACACCCACAUCCCUGUUGCAGAGGGAUAAAAAGUAAUAUAUAGACUCAAGCAAAUCACUGCUGUCUAGUGGAACCUUUACUACUUCUUAGUUUGUUUCUACUGGUAACUUUCAUGCUUUUAUAGGAAUUUAAGGACUUCAUACUUUGGUUUAAGCAAUGUCAAUGACACAUAAACCUUCGAAACUUUCAAACAUAGUUCCAGUUUAGCCAUUUUUAAAUUAGUACAAAAUUACACCGAUUUUUCUAAAAAGUCUGAGGACUUCACCUGACAGCGGGGGGAAAAAAAAACACUUAUCACUGUUUUCAAACGACGUUUCAUGACACCACCGUCAGCACUUUAACUGUUUCACCACCAACUCUUAUUUCAUUCUAGCAAAGAGGAAGUCACUUUAAUAUGUGCAGAUGGAAAUAAUGAACGUGGAUUCCUCCAGUCUCUUUCUAGACAUCCUGUUUGUCACUCAGGUGCACUACAAAGGACAGAAGAUGAAAAAUGCAGUGUCCAGAAGAAAUUUUUGACAUUGGAGAAAUGCACCAAGCACAAAUCUGCAACAAUAUAAUUAAUGAAAGGCUGAAUGGUGUAUUAGAUAUGUAUGUUACCUUUUUUUAAAGUGCUUCCAGUUUCUUUGUAUUCAGACAUCUAGAAAAGAUUAUUGAAUGUAUAUACUUAGCACUGCUUUAGUUCUUUUUUCCUACUCUGUACACAGUCAAAGUUACAAAACAGUAUCUGUGCACAGAGCGUAUCUGUGAUAGGACAAAAAUGACAUAAUUGUGAAAUAUUUUGGAGUGUGUUGGAAUUCAAAAUAUCAGCAGCGGCUACCGAACAGAUUCCAGGAGUUUAUCUUUAAAUGUACAUCAGAUAUUUGGGCCAUGAAAGUGAAGACGAGACCUUAAGCUGAAAAGCAACACAACAUUUGAGGUUAUGUGGUUUUUCUACUAGACAUGAGUGGCCCUUUGGAGGGGAAGAUGACAAAAAAUUGUCGAUUUGUGCAGUAUCAUCAGCCUUUUUUAACAAAUAAUAUUAAUUCUUUCCUUCACGGUGUCUUAACGCUAGAAAUAUUGGAGUUUUAACAUAGGUCUUUGGUACCUGAAAGAGUAAAGAAAACCAGAAGGGUGAACUGUUUUAAGGUCUGUUCUGGUGUUGGAGGGUCAGGCUUCUCCAGCCAGCCAGCUGAAAGAGAUCAUUUACAUCCCCUCCGUGGCUCCCCCUGCUGGGUCCCUGUCAACCAAAAAGGCCCUCUCAGUCACAGCCGCUCACAACUAGAAAAUUCUAUUCCAAAACACACAGGCUACAUUUUUCAGAAAAUAAGUCUGGUGCAGAGUUCUUGGCUUUCUCACCUCCCAUCUUGCUCUGCUGUUACAGAGCCAGUUUAGCUUCAAAGAGGUCAACAUUAUUCCCAUUAUGAACUGUAUAUAGUCAACAUAUGCUCCCCUCUAUGUAUAUUUGCAAAAGCCUAUACCAAUGUGUUAAUGAAAGUAUCUGUUCCUUAGAGGCUAUUUAUUUUAUGCGUUUUGUCACUAAUGUUCAGUUGUUUUCUCUUUUUUUUUUUUUUUAAUCAAAAAUGGGCCAAUGAAAGCUGUGUGUGGUUUCUGUAUCAACAAAUAAUCCAGGCUGAUUAAUCAUAGUAGUACAGUUCAGUUCCUCUGCUGCUCAGUCAUUUUCUAGAAGUAGGUAUAAAAAGGAGGCUGUGCUGGAACAAAUUAUUCUCCUUUUUUCUUUUUUUGACAUGCUUCUGGGAUGCAGUAGUCCUAAUCCUAUUGCCUUUUGAACACAUUGAUAUUGACCUGAUCAAUGCUGUGUGAGAACACAAUCAUACUGUAUUUCUGUUCAUACACACUCCAGCUGCAGCAGGUUUUCACUGUCGAUCCCUUUCACAAUGUCAUUAACUAAGGGUCUUGUACUGAUGACUUGUGGCAUUUAAUGGUUUUAAUGGUCUGAUAUGAAAUAAAUAGUAUUUACUCCGGCUCUCUU